AUGGGUCUCUUUGGAAAGGAGCUCCCUGAUGAUGAGAUUCAGCGUGCGCCGGAUCAGGAUGUCGAGAAGACACUUCCAGCACAGCUGGAGAAUGCACCAGUCCAACCUCCCGCCAAGUUUACCCCGACAGCCAUUGAUGCGGAGUUGGAGCGUCGGGUUGUGCGGAAACUGGAUUUGCGAGUUCCGACUCUGAUGGGAUUUUUCUAUCUCCUCGCUUUCCUCGAUCGAAGUAACAUUGGAAAUGCGAAAAUCGCCGGAAUGUCCGAAGACCUCGACCUCACUGGUAACCGAUACGCAUGGCUCUUAACGAUUUUCUACAUCUCCUAUACCGUCUUUGAAUUCCAGGCUUUGAUGUGGAAGAUCGCUAAACCGCACCAAUGGGCAAGUUUUGUCGUGUUCUCCUGGGGCUUAGUCGCAACCUGCCAAGCAGCGGCACAAAACUGGCAAGGAAUGAUGGCACUUCGAUUCCUAAUGGGCGCUUUCGAAGCCGGGUUCGGUCCCGGUGUACCAUACCUGCUCUCAUUUUUUUAUCGUCGCCAUGAACUCGGUCUGCGAUGUGGUCUGUUCUUAGCUGCGGCUCCCCUGGCAAAUACCUUCGCCGGUGCUCUGGCUUAUGGAAUUACAUCAGGCCAUUCUGCGCUAGCUAAUUGGCGAGUGUUGUUCCUUGUCGAGGGUCUUCCUGUUUGUGCAGCAGCGAUAUUGGCUUGGUUCUUUGUUCCAGACUCGCCAUCGUCUGCAAAGUUUCUCACGGACGAAGAGAAGGAGGUCGCCCGUGCGCGUGGUCUACAGCAGGCCGGUGAGGCCGAUCGGGAGGGUAAGGUGCAAUGGAAAGAGUUGGCCAUGACGCUCUUGGACGCGAAGGCUUGGUUAACUGCCUUCAUGUACUUCAGCUGCAACGUCAGCUUUUCAUCACUCCCCGUCUUCUUACCAACCAUCCUUGAAGAAAUGGGCUACUCGAAAGUCAACGCGCAGGGUCUCACUGCACCCCCCUUCUUUGCAUCCUUUCUGGUCACAAUCAUCACUCCUUGGAUAGCAGAUCGGGUCCAGCAGCGUGGGUUGAUGAUCGCGGCGCUAUCAACGAUCGGCGGUGUGGGGUAUAUUCUCUGCGCCACCUGCACCACAGUGGGCGUGCGAUACUUCGGAGUAUUUCUGGCCGCCUGUGGAGUAUUCCCGGCGAUCGCAAAUAUUCUCCCAUGGGUUUUGAAUAAUCAAGGAUCUGAUACCCGUCGUGGAGGCGGUAUCAUCUUGCUCAAUCUUAUCGGUCAGUGUGGUCCUUUCUUGGGUACCAAUGUCUUUCCGGAUAGUGAAGCACCGCGGUAUAUUAAGGGCAUGUCCAUUUGUGCUGCGUUUAUGAUCUUCACUACCUUCCUUGCUUUGCUUCUGCGGUGCUUGUUGGUGUGGGAAAAUAAGCGCCUUGAUAAGAAGUACGGGCCGAGGAUCGAUGUAGAUGAGGCCAAGGGUGAGAUCGCUGUGGCGGAAGACAAUUACGGUGCGAGUUUCCGAUACAUGCUGUGA